AUGACGAAUAUGGACUCUCGCCGCUGCGCUGCCUCAGCUGAAAAGGUUGCUUUCAAAUCACCUUUUUUUUUUCCGUCAAGUGUGAUGGGGCGUGCAGUUCAAUCUCGGCGCUGCUGCUGGGUCGUCACACAAUAUCUCUGGGACCUGCAACUGGGUUCCUGCAAGUCAGCGGCCGCGGGAAGGGAGACGAUGCAACGUCAUGACAAAGAUGUUUAUCCCGAGAGGAGGCACCAGCCCAAGAUGCAGGUGAUGAAGAUGUCGGUUUUGAUUGCGCUGAAACAUGUCGAUACGGAAAGAGGUAUAACAUUCGACAAUUACCGUAAUGUUGACGCCUGUUGUGAUAUUGGGGGGUAG